GAAGUGCAGCGCGACGACAAGGGGACAAUUCCACCGCUGCUCAGCGCCUUGGCGGCUGCUCAGCCAACUAUUCGCGCGAAAGGCUCUCGGCUCAACGCCAACGCGACAGCCUUUUUGCAGGCCCGUCCGCCGGUCCGCUUCGCGAUGGCUGCCUGGGUCGCCUCCGCGGCCCCAGAGGGCUGGCAGCUGGGCCGGUGGUCGAAGAUGUCGGAGGGCAGCUGGAUGGAGAAGAAGAUAGGCCAGCCUGCCUCGCCGCCGGCCAUGUUCGAGGUCCUCACCGGCGGCCCUGUGUGCCCGGGCUCCACGACCGUGCGCCUGAGAAGGGUCGAUUGCCCCGAGGAUGACCAGAUCGAGGUGCUCAUCCUGGACACCAGUUUGCAGGUCUUCCGUGGCGGUCAGUACGUCGGCGAGUACCUGGGAGGCUACGAGGGCUCCGUGGCCCCCGUGGCCAUGGCCCCUAUCUGGGAGAUCCCUCAGUCCUCCUUCAACUCCAGCGCGCCGGCGGCGGUCACGACGAAGAUGCAGACGCUGCAGGCAACGCCCGCGCAGACGCUCAAGGUGGCGCCCAGCACGGGGGCCCGGCAGAAGACUGGAUUCGACAGGUCGCCAGCCAAGGUACUCGCGCUCCACAACGCCUGCAGCGGCGGCGAUGCCGCCGCGGUGAAGACCCUGCUCGAUCAGGGGGUGGACCCAGACGCGCCGGGCGAGAAGGGUAAGACCGCGCUGAUUAUCGCUGCCACCAAAGGCAGCCUGCCGGUGGUGGAGGCGCUGCUCGCCGCGGGGGCGGACCCGAACAUCGGCUCGGAGGAGGGGGGGGGGAUGGCAAGACCGCGCUCUCUGAGGCCUUCCAGCGGGGGCACAAGGAGGUGA